CGCAACCUCACGCUAAAGUUGCGCCCAUUUAGAACCCGUUCGGACCCUUUUCCUUAAUUCAAUUCCAUAAAAGCGAAACCCUAUCAACACAAUGAUACGCAAACAAGCCCGUGAACGCCGGGACUACCUCUACCGCCGUGCCCUCACCCUGCGGGACGCUGAACUCGCCUCCAAACGAUCAGCCCUUAAAGCCUCGCUGGCAUCUGGCAAACCCCUCGACCCGUCCAUCGCAAACGACUCCUCUCUUCGCAGCGACUACAAAUACGAUGAAUCCCGCGCCGAACGCAGUAUAGACGACGAACUCGCCCUCGACGACGAAUACGCCCAACUCUCCGGCAUCGUAGAUCCCCGCAUCCUUGUCACCACGUCUAGAGACCCUAGUUCGAGGCUGGGUACGUUUGCGAAAGAGAUACGGUUGUUGCUACCGACGAGUAUAAGGCUUAAUCGCGGGAAUCUGGUGCUCGGGAGUCUUGUAUCCAGUGCACAGAGUGGGGGGUUGUCCGAUAUCGUGUUGUUGCAUGAACAUCGAGGGACUCCGACGGCGGUUACAAUAUCGCAUUUCCCGCAUGGACCGACCGCGAGCUUUUCGUUGCAUAAUGUAGUGUUGCGCGCGGAUAUACCUAAUGCUUCGCGCGGGACUGUUAGUGAGAGCUAUCCGCAUCUCAUUUUCGAAGGGUUUACGAGUAAGCUUGGGACGAGGGUAGUGCAGAUCCUAAAGCAUCUUUUCCCACCCAGGGAGCUAACGGCGGGUGUUGGGAAUCGGGUCGUUACGUUUAAGAAUAUCGAGGAUAGUGUGGAGGUCAGACAUCAUGUUUUUGUGAAAACGGGGUUUCAGAGUGUGGAGCUUGCGGAGGUGGGUCCGAGGUUUACGAUGAGGUUGUUUGAGAUUAGGAGUGGGCUGUUGGAUAACAAAGAUGGGGAUGUGGAGUGGCACCUGAAUCAGUAUACGAGGACGGGGAGGAAGAAGGAUUAUCUUUGAAGAGAAGGCAGGAGUGGAGAAUUGAUGCGAAGUGAGCUGGGGCUUGUGAUUGUAGUUGUUUAUGGGUCAAGCGUUGCAUACAUGCAUAGAAACGGCGUUCUGGAAAAGUCCGCUUUCGUACGGUCGUGGUAUCGAAUGAAUGGUAUCUAGUGCAGUGUGGAAGGUAGAUAGACAUAUACUCCAAGCAUUGACCUUUCA